UGUGCCUGCUUCAGUGACGGGAGAAGGGGAACAGGGGUGGGGAUUGUCUCAGGUCCGCGUCCAUCGCCUUUUUUCUCUCUCUCUCUCUCUCCCCGAAAUUCGGACGAAAGAAGUAAUCGCUCUCGGCCAAGAUGAAUGAGGAAUACGAUGUUAUCGUGCUGGGCACCGGUCUCACGGAAUGCAUUCUUUCUGGCAUAAUGUCUGUGAAAGGGAAGAAGGUCCUGCACAUGGAUCGCAACUCUUACUAUGGAGGUGAAAGUGCGUCCAUAACACCACUGGAAGAUCUGUACAAUAGGUUUAAUAUCCCUGGUUCACCACCUGAAUCCAUGGGCAGGGGAAGAGAUUGGAAUGUGGAUCUGAUCCCAAAGUUUCUUAUGGCAAAUGGGCAACUUGUAAAGAUGCUGCUGUAUACUGAAGUCACCCGGUACCUGGACUUUAAGGUCAUUGAGGGCAGCUAUGUUUACAGAAAAGGCAAAAUCUACAAAGUGCCAUCUUGUGAAAGAGAAGCUUUGUCAUCCAAUUUAUUACACUUAAUGGAAAAAAAUAGAUUUAGAAAAUUUUUGCAGCGUGUUUCUGUUUACGAUGAAAAUGAUCCGACGACUUGGGAUGGCAUUGACCCUAAGAAAUCAAACAUGAAGACUGUAUAUGAAAAAUUUAGUUUGGGGAAAGAUGUCGUCGACUUCACAGGCCAUGCUCUAGCCUUGUAUAGGACUGAUGACUACAUUGACCAACCUUGCCUUGAGACAUUAAACAGAAUUAAGCUCUACAGUGAAUCACUGGCUCGUUAUGGGAAAAGUCCAUAUCUGUACCCUCUUUACGGCCUUGGAGAGUUGCCUCAGGGUUUUGCCAGGUUAAGUGCCAUUUAUGGUGGGACCUAUAUGUUAAACAAGCCUAUUGAAAAAAUAAUUGUUGAAAAUGGGCAAGUAGUUGGAGUCCAGUCUGAGGGAGAGAUUGCUCGCUGUAAGCAGCUGAUCUGUGACCCUAGUUAUGUGCCUAACCGUGUGAAGAAGAGUGGCCAGGUGAUUCGAGUUAUCUGCAUCAUGAGUCACCCUGUUAAAAACACAUCAGAUGCAAAUUCCUGUCAGAUUAUUAUUCCCCAAAAUCAGGUCAACAGAAAGUCUGACAUCUACAUUUGCAUGAUAUCCUUUGCACACAAUGUGGCUGCUCAAGGAAAGUACAUUGCUAUUAUUAGCACAACAGUGGAGACCAGUGAUCCAGAAAGUGAAAUUAAACCAGCGUUGGAACUUCUGGAACCUGUGGAACAAAAAUUUGUUUGCAUCAGUGAUAUGUAUGUUCCAACUGACAUGGGAACUGAAAGCCAGAUUUUCAUUUCAAGAACAUAUGAUGCAACCACACACUUUGAGACCACUUGUGAUGACAUCAAAGAUAUUUACAGGAGGAUGAUGGGGGUUGAGUUUGACUUUGAAGAAAUGAAGCGGAAGCAGAACGAUAUCUUUGGAGAGGAUGAGCAGCACGAAUGUUCAAAGUAAACUGUCUGAAGUCUACACCUAAAUGGCAGAUUCAGUGUGGGUCUCAUUAAGGAAACUAGUGAGCACUGCAGAAAUGGAAAUUAAUAUUGUGGGUCCUGCUUAUUUUUUAAAUCGCGUCUUCAAGAUCCUGACAAGUAUUGCACUGAUUCUAGAUGGAAACGCCAUCAGUUGUCUUUGGCAUCAUGUGUAAAUUUUGCUGAUAUCUAGGGAUGUUGUCCAAAGAAGACAAUUUACUGAUGUCUGAUAGGGUUUUAGAGACAGUGCAUUGGGAUAGUUGGGGGGGGGGGGGGGG